GUACCUUGACCUCACGUGUGUGGUGUGCGAUAAUUGGAGCAAUGGCUACAGCAGCGAGGAAAGUGUCGUCUGCAGCGCUAUCCUUCCCGCGACAGAGAAUAUACCUGUGCAACUGGUACGUGAAACUGGUAAAACCGGGCAAUGAGCUGCCCAACAAUCACGUGCAGUGUCACGUUCCCAUGCAGAUGACGAAACUUGACAUUAGGAACUACUUUGAGAAAAUCUACAGCGUCAAUGUCUCCAAAGUCAACACAAGAAUACAACUCGGAAAGGAGAAGAGAGGGCCAGGGAAUGUACUAAAGAAGCAGGCAGACACUAAGAUUGCCUAUGUCAUACUGGAUGGAGGGACGUUUGAAUUUCCAGACAUGUUUGGAAAUUACAGCAGAGAAGAUUACUUGUAGCACGACGCACUCAGUCACAGUCACUGCAUUUUUAAUGUCAAAAGAUGUAUAGAAUGUCAUGGAUUUACAGUUUGUAGACAAGCAUAUAUACAAAAUAAUGUUUGAAGAUUUGAGUCAGUUACCAAUAAACGACACACUACAUUAUAGAAACGUUCAGUUUAUAUCAGAAUUAACCUGUACAUCAUAAUUAAUGCGUGCAUAUAUAGUCAAGAUCAAGUUGGUCAUCAAAGUUGGUUAUCAGAAUCACUUCGUGAUCAUGAUUUGAUCAAGGGUCUUCCUCUUCAGAUCCAGGACAGUUGCAUCAUGGGCAGGGUAGCCAACGGGAAGCAAGAGCAUGACUUUUUCAUUGUCUGGUCUCCCCAGUAGCUCCCUCAAGGCCACUCCAGCAUUGAGAGGUGUGGUGGUGACAGUGACCAGUCCAGCAUUGUGGAUGGCAGCAACCAACAUCCCGCAGGCAAUGGCCGUGCUGAUCUCAAAGUAGUAGUGAGCGUAUCGCGUCCCGUCCCCCCCGACAUGGUACGCCUGUUUGAACACCACAAUCAGAUACGGAGCCGUUUCGAGGUACGGUUUCUCGUGAGUGGUCUGGAACGAACUUUAUAUCUCGGACCCAUCUGUCGCCCAUCCGUCGAUCGUAGUUGAGAUACUCUUCCUGCUCCACAAUCUCUCGCACCCUCUUCUUGAUUUCCGCGUCUUUCACCACCACAAAGGUCCAGGGUUCAGAGUGCGCUCCAGAGGGGGAAGUCCCCGAAGCCAGCACGAUGUUCUCUAUCGCUUCCUGGGGGACUGGGUCCGAACUGAAGUGCCUAACGGAGCGUCGAGUGUCCAUCUGCUGGUAAAAGGCCGCGGCCCUCCCCUUCAUUUCUUCCUCGGAGACCCUCGUGAAGGGGUAGGGACGUGGGGAAGGUUAGCGUCAUGUUGGGGCGGAGCUAGUGCCGGGUCCGGGCGCUCGUCGUCGAAUUCUUCCAGCGGGUGUUCGCCUUUGUCUAUACUCACUAUCGCCUUGGGGUCCUUCUCCGCUUUCUUCUUUUUCUUCUCUCCUUCUCUUUCUCCCUUUGCAGACUCCUUGGGCUUGUUCUUGUCGUCAGCCCGUUGCUCAGGUGCUGGCGGAGCGAGAAAGUACGCCAAGACGCCGGCCAGAGCCAAACUGAGCACUCCUCCCAAGAUGUACGGCCAGUAAUUGAGCAGGAACGGUGCUCUCUCCGCUAAAUACCAUUUAUCCUUCCCGACAUUCUCCCUCACUGUACACACCGUCGUCCCAGUUCUUUCUAUAUCACUCUACCUGCCAUAAUUGCAGUUUUGGCUCUAAUUAUACGUGACGGGUAAAGAAAAUUGAACUGCAGUGGUAAACUUCAUCAGUGCACAGGUGUGGCAAAGCGCUACUGUCUCUGUUUUUCAGCCGAGUCGAUGGUUUAAUACGUUGCAUGAUCUCGAGAUGCCCCUCCCCUCCAGCUCUCUCCUCUCAAAACGAACUCUCAGAUGCAUUCUUCUACUAGCAGUAGUAGGGACAUUGUUCAUGCCCACAUACCUCACACUCCAGCUCCUCCUCACGUCUCAAACAACCAUCACAGAGAAAAGUCACGUGCUACACAGGCACGCAGUGCAUAGCUCUAUCCCCGAUACAGAGCUUCAGAGCCACUGGGACGCAAAGGGCUACCUGUCGUUUCCACACUUGUUUCGAGAUUAACAAUUGCUCAGUCGCGAAUGGAGAUAAGAUAGGAGUCUUCAUGUACCCCGAAGCCGAUUUCGUCUUUGAAGAAACAAGGAGAGAAGUGUCGUUUGUUCUCGUCGGUCGAGUAUCAGGAGUUGGUUGGAGCUGUGAAGGGUAGUCCGUACCAUCAGGGUAAUGCGUCUAGAGCGUGUGUGUUUAUUCCAGCGGUUGACACCAUGAGUCAAGAUAUGGUGGACGAGGGAGACCUGUCAUUGAUACUCCACUCCUUACCUCAAUCAGAGGAGCUCUACUCUUCAUCUUUCACCAGUUCAAGAUCUCGACUGCUCACGGUCCUAUCACCAGGUCGAGAACAGAUGCCGGACUCUUUCAGAGAAAAACUAUUGGAUCUCGAAAGGAGUUAUGAUGCUGUCUUGCUUGAGCCGUGUCCAGCUGGUAAGAAGGUAUCGGGUGAGCUGGCACUGAAGAGAUGUCGAGCUUCUAGCAACGCCAUCGUGUCUUACCCAUCCGUACUCCUGGGUUCCAAGUUUUGUUUGCUUGUGCCAGGAGUGAGGUAUGGCACUCCGGAUUUCACAGACGCAAUGAUGACCGGGUGCAUCCCAGUGGUAAUAGACGACGAUCACGUCCUCCCAUUCAGUGAGGUACUGGACUGGACCAGAGCCAGUAUCAGAGUGUGGCAGGGGCUCUGGGAGGAAGGGAUGAGCCGAUUGAGAGAUCUUCCCGACAAGAAAGUCUUUGAAAUGAGAGAACAGGUUCUUUAUCUCUACCGCCGUUACUUCUUCUCCAUGGCAACCAUAGUAAACACUGUCCUUGAUAUUGUUAACGAGAGGGUUUUCCCCUCUGCCGUUCAUGGGUACGAGCACUGGAAUAAUCCACCGUACAACCCAACACUUACUGACAGAAUGCAGUAUGACCUCUGA